AACCAGCUCCACUCUUGGUGCGAGACAUCAACUGAGCCACUGAUCGAAAGCUGAAUUCUCUAAAUAAUCGCAGAAUCUGUAUAAUUGCAACAUGUUUGCUUUGUUUGCGACUGUUCUCCUCUGCUUGCUGUCAGUGAGCUACUCUGCUCCCAUGGUCUGUGAAAGACUGGUCCAUCCUUUGGGUCGGCUGGAUCCUCAUCAUUUUAAGGGAGGAUGGGCUUUAGUAGCAGGAAUCCUCAACCACGCACCAUCCAUGGAGGCCCUGAAGCUCAGAGACAGCAUUACUAUGUACUUUUCCAAAUCAAGUGAAGCUCCCAAUUUCACUUACACCCAAAUCAACCGCUUUGAUGAUCAAUGCCAGUACCUACGCUACAACAUCACCGUCGAGGGCAGCGCCUUCACCUUCAAUGUGGGGGAUCGCUUUAACCUCACCGGGGAUUUCCUCUAUACUUCCUGUCCAGACUGUGCCAUUAUGCGGUGGAUUGUACAUUCAAGUAAGAGGCACUCUAUGGACGUGUAUCUGCUGAGCAGGAGGAGGGAGGUGGAGGAGAAGGAGUUGGAGGAGUUCAGGCAUCAGCUGAACUGUUAUGGGCUGCCUGCACCUGUUGUGAUGGAUCCAACCAAGGAGUCUUGUCCAGAACAACCUGAGGUCGAACCCACAGCAGCAACAGAAGCUCAGGUUGAGGAGAAAACAAAGAAACAAAAGGCAUGAGGGACUUUGGUACAUUUAUUCAUGAUAUUCAGUCACACAGUAUAGAAAAGAAACAUGACUAAAAUUGCUUGGUGCUUUGUUAAGAUUUAAUAUUUGAACAUGUCUUAUAUUCAUUUUGAUAUUAUGACUCCUAGAUCAAUAAAAUACUCAAGCACAAGUAUUAUUUUGGCAUGGAGAUUUAUCACCCAAUAUACAUUUCUUAAAUGCACGGCCUGACAUGAUGGGACUCACAUUCUUAUUUAUAACAGUGUUGUCAGUAAGCAAAAGGUUAUUCAGCAGAAGGUUUAAACAAUCUGUUUUCCUUUCUUUAACUAUCGUUUUUUUUAUUUAAGCCUUUCUCUCAAAAUGUUCUGUCAUGAGUUAAGAUUAAACAAAGAACAUGUUCAAAUAAUGAUGAGAAAUCUUUGUACAAUCUGUUUAUAAUAUUCAAACAUAAAUAAAGUAUGUACACAUCAGCAAAUGUGGGAAGUAACUAAGUACAUUUACUCAAGUAAUAUACUUAAGUACAAUUUUGAGAUACUUGUACUUUACUUCAGUAUUUCUAUUUUAUGCUACUUUGUACUUCAACUGCACUACAAUUCAUAGGCAAAAUUGUGUACUUUUACCCAACUACAUAUAUUUUGUACCUUUUGUUACUUUGCCGAUUUGAAUUAAUGAUGUGAAAUAUAAUCAACACAGACACUAGUUACACCUGGAGUAAAUUCCCCAGCUACACUGCAGCAUACAAAGUCAUUACAACUAGCUGAACCUUUAAUCAACAAUAAUUAUAAUCAAAACAUAUAAUAUAUAUUAUUCUGAUUUGGAUCAAUCUGCGUGAGUACUUUUACUUUUGGUACAUUAAGUAUCAUUUUAUGCCAAUACUUUUUUACUUGUAAGAGAGAAUUCCUACACUCUAGUACUUCUACUUUUGCUCAAGUACAAGAUCUAAGUACUUCUACCACCUCUGCACAUCAGUGUGCUGUAAAUUAUAUCUUUAUGUUACUCAUUCCGAAACGUAAUGUUAAGAAACUAAAGAGGACAUGACAGGAAUGAUGUGUUCCCCCAGAUAUAAGAGGACAAAAUUACAUGCUGGAAGGGUAUAAUCACUCCUCAUCCCUCUGGAUCAAUCCUCACUCACUUGCAUGCUGCAAUAAUUGCUGUGAUACUUACAAAUUGAAUUAAUACUAUACAUGUUCAAAUCCACAACAAUAGGGUAUGUCUCAAGCACAUGUGUUAGUGCAUGCACACGUGCCCAUUCUCUGCUUGUGAAUGUUUGCUCUGUGAGCAUGGUAUGCAAAUAUGGGCGUGCACAAUCGCUGUACUGAAGGUGUUACUGUGGGCAGGGGAGGAGAUACAGGCAGCAGGGCUGUGGAGCUGUUAACAAUAACAGUCAUUCUGUGUUGAUUAAACAACAGUGACCUGAAACAAGACAAGUGUGCUUUCUCAGAAAUUUGUGUCUGUCAUUUGGAGGGCAUCUUCAAAGCAUUUUGUUAACAGUGACUGGCUGGAGGCCGAACAUCCGGACAGCUCAAAACGGUUUUACAUCAGCAGUCUUGUCACCAUGGCAACAAAGCCAUUGGCCUGGCAGGAACAGGGUCCUCUCAACUCACUAAAGGAGGGGGUCAAUGAGUUCUGGGCACAAGGUGAAGCAGGUGCAACCAUAAGCCAUGACUCACCAUUGCAAAAUAAAGAGGCUCCCAGGGCAAAGUCUGAAGAGGCCAUUAAAAUCCUGGAACCUGGAGCUCGAGACAAAAAAACACAACAAGAGAACCAAAUGCUCUCGACAACUGACACAGCUGACGCAACUGAAUCACAAAACCAGGAAUUAACAAGAAUUAGUGUGUGCACCCCCAGGGAAACACAGGAGAUGGUGACAGAAUUAGAACAAGCUGCUCAAUUUUCAGAAGCAUUACAGGCUAAAGAGGAAUCUGAGAAGUCUUCUGAUCCACGUGAGGAUGCUUUCCCGCCUCCUCCAGCCCUUAGUGCUCUAUCAACAGAAGACUACUUUGAGAAGGAGAGUUUUCCCGGCCUAGAGGGGGAGGGGGCUGCGUGGAUCAGUGAUGCUGAGAUCAUAUCAAACCCAUCAGAAAACCCUAAGUCUCCUGACAGACAGAUUAGUCUAGAUGGGCCUCCUCUUCUCACUGAGCCGGUGAAUAGAGAAACAAAUUCAUCACCUGAGGAGAUGACAGGAGAUAAUAUGACAACAGAGGCACAUGGCUCACAACUGAACGUCUUACAAGAAAGCUUAGACAACAGUAAACCAGAAAAUAUGUCAAGGGUUGCAGCCGCCGCAAUAAAUUCAACUGCUCAUCAUUCUCCCUCUGACAGAAACAGUUCAUAUGAUGAGUGCUAUGCUCCUUUUGCAGACAAAAGCAAAGAAAAAGAGGAACUGAGCAUAGAUAUUAUGUCUUGUCAACAGCAAUCAACCCCACCAGAUUUCAGAUGCAAGCCUUUCCAGGCCUCAUAUUCUGCCAAUGUCUCCAAUGAUCAAGACCCAACCUCAACCCUGCCUACAGUUCCGUCAGUCGAACAUCAGGAGGAGCUGUUGUCCCAGAGUCAAAGUGAACCUGCCCCCAGGGGAGAAAACCAGGAAGCAGCACAACAGGUGCUCAGCCAGAGCUCCUCACCUUUGUCAGCCGUUGCCAUGGAGCUGUGUAAUCGGGGCGGGGCAGCUUCUCAAGGCUCGGGUUGUGCGGUAGCUGUGAGAGAAAUGCACAGAGGGGCGGGGGAAAGGAUAGAGGGAGAAAGCAAGCAAACAGGUGGAGAGGGAGGGCAGAGAGAGAGUGGACUUGAAAUGAAAAGGGUGCUUGAGCAGCAACACGGUGGAGGACUGUUAACAUUUUCAAAAACAGUCCAAGCACAAGAGGUUAAGGUAGGAAAACACAGCUUUGUGUCUUCGAGAAAAACCAGGAUGGAGAGUGACUCGUGUGAUGACAGCCAGAGUGACAGUGGGGUUUCAGCUGACUUCUCCCCAUGCAGCACAUUGGAGGGCAACACCACCAUCUCUACAGGCACUCCAGCAGCGUCACCCAAAGAGACUCCCAUUGAGAGGGAGAUCCGAAGGGCUGUAGAACGUGAACACAGCCUGAGAAGAUCCAGAGGGCUACCAAAUCCACCAACAGCACCAGAAUAUGUAGAGAUCCCUCUAAGGAAAACCGUUCUCUGCCAGUCUAUAACUCCUAACUCUGAGAGGUGUCAAGGCAAGGACAGGCAGUUUGCAGGCAAAAAGAUGCAGCAAGAGAUCCACGAAGAGACCCAGAGGGAGCAGGAUCUGGUAAAGCUUGGAAAAGUUCCAGGUUUCUAUGACAAAGGCACUGUACGCCAAGUCAAAGACAGAAAACAACUUUUUGAGGCCUUUCAGAAACCAGAUGAAUCAACUUUAAAUCUGUCAGCCAGGAGUCAGUCCUGGUCCUCUGCCAGUGACGUUUCAACCCUGGAGGACCAGGAGGACAUCUCAUUGCAGGCAUCCACCAUAGGAGGCUCACAUGUGGAGAGGGUUCACACACAGAGUCAAAACUUAGCCAAAGCAAGGGGCACUCCCCGAGGACCGGGCUUUUCUGAGGGGAAAGGCUGUCAGCUUAUUAUCCUAGAGAACAGUCUGAGUGUCCCAGCGCUGAAGCUCUACCACGCCAGGCCACAGGCACAGCCCGUCACUGUUGUCGACUCUGGAAGACCGAGCAUCUCAUCCUCCAGGACAGGAGGCCAUGAUGGGAUUAAAGUGAGAGAGCAUGAAAAGGAGGAGGUAGAGGAUGAGGGGGCACCCAAGGAGAACCCCUUUUUCAAGCUGCGCUUGUCAACAAAUUUAGUUAAAGUGGAGCAGGAUAUCCGGGAGGCUCAGGAGAGGGAGAAGGACCUUCACAAGCAGAGGAUCAGUCUGUAUGGUGGCACAGAGAGCACAAAAGGAGCGGGGGUAGGAGUAGGGGGGCCAGUCAUCAUCGCAGAAGGAAAGACUCACAUGUUAUCUUCUUCUUCACCAAAUGGACUGGCUGUUCCUGACUUACCCGGCUCAUUAUCCAGAGGGGAAACGAGACCCACAACAGCACGCCAGUCAGUUGGCAAGUUAGGCAUGUGGCCCCCAGCCCAGUCUGAAGAGGAGAAGAUUAACCAACCAGAGGUCCUCCAGGGUCCCUUGACCCCCAGACAGAAGACCCCUCUGGUGCAACGCUGGGAGUCUGGUCUAGUCAAUGGACACAACACAGAGGACGACUGAGGAAACGUUGCUAGAGUGAUCUGAAAGAGUGAGACAGGUUACAUGAAACCUAAGUGGAGUGCUGAAGGAGAAAAAUACGAAAGCAGUGAGGAAAAUUGGAGCAGUGAUGUAGUGGAGGAAAGACAGAAUGCAAAGCCAAAAGAGGUCGGGGAUUGAGGCUACAAAGGGGGUCAGGAGGAUUGGGACCAAGUAAAGGAUUGCUGGUGGACUUAAAACCCUGAAGAGUCCUCCAUCCAGGAGGAGAGAAAAAUAAAGAGGAGGGCCACCUAUUAGUGGAUAGCACUUGGCCUGUUUCCUGUGCUGGAAAACUCUAAGACCAAUGAAUGUUAAAAGGCAAAAGAUAAUAAUUACAUUGCACAGGGGGAAAGAAAAAUGUAAAUGUAUGAAGUUCAUUAUCAUUGUAACUUUUUUGUUAUAAUGAGUUGUGAUUUGUUAUGAAAAUAGAUUAAGUGGUGCAGUUUGUAGCUAGAAAAACAACGUCAUCCACAGUUGUAUGCAUUUAAUGAUGUUUUGUCCUGAUUUAUUACACCAUAAUCUGAUAGAAUCCCCUACAAAAGCCAUGCAAUAAAUCCUGUAGCUCAGUUUAUAACGGCAUUGUGUCAAAGUUCAUUCAACACUCAGCAAAUGUCAAACAUUUAAAAAUAUAGCGUUUCACAAGGAGAAAGCAUUUCAGCGUUAUUGUUUUUAAGCACUUUAUUGAUGUUUUCCUUAUAAGGUUACUCAGUGCAUACGUAGGCCAAUGAUCUAAAUGAUUGCACCAUUGGUAAUCUUUGACUACUUAUUUUCUCAUGUUUCUUGCAUCACUACUAAGAGCUAGAUUAUAGUGAAAUUAAGCACUUUGCAACGCUGAUCUGGAUUUUAGAGCUAAAGGAUUUUACUUAUGCAUGCUUAAGAAAUAUCUGCUCUGUUGUUUUUUAAAAUUAUGCAGUAUGAAAGUAUUUUGGAAUGAAUCUUGAUUCCCAGAAUAACGAGUGUCUCUUUUGUUUUCCUUUAUUAUUGUUGUAUCUGACUGUGGCAUGCAUGAUGUAAAAGUGAUACAGAGUGAUACAGAUAGUUUGCUAAUUCAUGCACCAAAGCAGCCUAAUAUUAAACAUUUAAAGGAGGUCUGAAGUCCACAAUGGAGCCAGCGCAGUGCAGUUUCUGUCAGGGAACAGACACUUUGAGAUGACCACAACAUAAACGCCACUGAUCAUCUGAUCUAA